CACACAGGGAGGCAGUGGCUGCUGCAGAGUCACUUCCAAUAGGAGCUCGUUUGUUUGACGUCUCAUCCUGAAGGACGGAGCACAAGGAGGAUCAGUGACUUGCUCAGGGUCACACACACACAAAGGGAGUCAGUGGCUGCUGCAGAGUCACUUCCAAUAGGAGCUCGUUUGUUUGACGUCUCAUCCUGAAGGACGGAGCACAAGGAGGUUCAGUGACUUGCUCAGGGUCACACACACACGGGGAGUCAGUGGCUGCUGCAGAGUCACUUCCAAUAGGAGCUCGUUUGUUUGACGUCUCAUCCUGAAGGACGGAGCACAAGGAGGUUCAGUGACUUGCUCAGGGUCACACACACACACAGGGAGUCAGUGGCUGAGCUGGUAUUUUGAAUCUCCUGGUAACAAGACCCCUUUAAUCGUUUCUGGUACUGUAAUUUUACGCCUGGAAAACAAUGUGUGUCGUGACAUCUAUCCAACUGAAAAACAUUCCUUUCUGUUAAACAAACUUCAUACCCCCCGCCCACCAGGUACAAUAAAAGCUUCCAGCUUCCUCAGACUCCACACUCGACUUCUCCUGAAGCAAGCACAGAAGAGGAGAAAUAGACUUCAUACCCCUUCUCCGGAAAGUGUCCUGCAAUUGCGACAUUUGCUAUGUCUGCUGUGAAGCGAUCCCUGGAACCCCACCCCUCUGAAUUUUCCCCUUUUGGGAAGGCCUCCCCGCACCCCCUCAUCAUCCCCCAGCCGGAACCCCAGGAGGGGCUGGGAGAGGCGGAGAGGGGCAGGGAGAGAGUGGGGCAGCUUUACAAACUUCUGCAGAAAACUCUGCGUGAGGCGGGACUUCCUGAGACACGAGAUCGAACCAGAGAGCCAGCGAGAGUCUCCUCCAAUUCAGACAUCACCAUCUGUGUGCUGGGAUCUCCCCUGCCAUACCUCUCCCUGCUGCUAGAGGGAGGCAGAGAGGCUCCAGGUGAGGUGUUCCUCUGCCUGUCUCCCUCCUGGCUGUCCCGCUCCUCCUCCCCUCUGCACCCGGGCCUCUCCUCCCUGUUCCUCCACCGGGGCAUCUCCUUCGAGCUGGGGGGCCGCACCUCCCUCGAGGACUUCUGCACCCCCCGCCGUGUCACCUACCUGCUUCCUGUGGUCGGGAAAGAGGGGCAGGAAGUGACCCGGGAGGCAGACUGUCCCAUGGGAAGCUCCCCGAGGCUGGCGGAGCUGCUGGGAGACACGCUCCUGACUCGGGUUCUGCUGGAAAGGAACCGGGUCCGCUGUCCCCCCACCCUGGGGCUGAUGUACCGCCCCCCCCGCUCGUACCAGACCGAGGGCACCACCGUCACCGCGGUCAGUCUGACGGAGAGGGAGGGGCAGGGGGAGCUGGUGCAGAGAGAGGUGCUGAAGUUUCUGGAGUCGCUGGCUAUGGAGCCUUACAGCAAGGUGGUGCUAAAGCCCAGCGGGGGGCGCUGGAGCGGGUCCCAGCGGCCGGUGCGUUUCCUAGAGAAGCAGGACUGCGAGGCGGUCCGGAGGGAGGUGUGCUCGCUGCUGCCCCUGCUGGAGGAGGGAGAAACCGCGCUGCUGGAGGCCUUCUGUCCCACCAUGACUCCAGUGUCUCCUGUCCUCACUCAGACCUGGGAUGCGUACAGACGUGUGAAUGUCCCUCGUCCUGACCUCUCUUUUCGGAUGUGUGCCGUGGUGACCCGAUCUCCCGAGGGACUGCCCCUGCUCAACCAGUUGGUGUGCAGUGUGGGUCGUUCAGACAGUCCUAUUCGGCAUGGCUCCUCCCCUCUUCAGUCUCUAGAGACCACUCUGCAGGAUUGGGGCCUCUCUGACCCGGCCCAGUGCUCCAGCAUACACAGCCAGGUGAAGAGCACUGCUGAAACCUGCCUCCGCGUCGCCAUGGAGAUGGAGGCGGGGCUCUCGCCGGAGCAACGGGGGGGCCGGGCGGCGCAGACGGACAUGAUAGGAGUAGACAUGCUCCUCUCAUGCUCUGGUCAGGUGGUCACCCCCUUCUGCCUGGGUCUCAAGCCUUCUCGCUGCCUGGAGAGCUGCGGGCUCUUCCUGUCCGGGGGCGGGGCUCUGCUGCACACGCCCCUCAACCGCUCCCAGCGCUACAUCAUGGAGGGGCGGAACCUGCUGAUCAUCGGCGCAGGGGGAGUCAGCAAGACCUUCGUGUGGGAGUCAGCGAGAGACUUCGGACUGAAGAUCCACCUCGUGGAGUCCAACCCCACUCACUUCGCGGCCGGCCUGGUCAACACCUUCAUCCACCUGGACCUGACCGACCACAGGCAGGACUCGGAGAACUGCUCCCGGAUCUGCGAGGCCCUGUGCGAGCGCGGGAUCCUCCCCGACGGAUGCCUCACUUUCUGCGAACACUGUGUGGUGCUGGCGGCGCUCGUCUGCGAGCGACUGGGCCUCCGGAGCAGCCCCGCCCCGGCUGUGCGGACCGCCAAACAGAAGAGCCAAACCCACCUCCGCCUGCUGGAGGGGGCCCCUGAGGAACCCAGCCUGGCCGACUUCCUCCGACCCUCUUCCCUGCAACCCAAAACCACCGGCUCUCCUCCUUGCCCUCCCCUCUCAUCCCUAGAACCCACUCCCGGCUGCUGCUACUCCUCUCCUCACCUCUCCUCCCUGAUCCGAACCGUGGAGCCCUCAAACGGAUCCACCACCAUCGCUGAUUCUCCUUCUGCUUCUCCUUCCAACAAAACCAUUUCCGACAUCGCCAACAACCGAGCGAAUCUCACCAAGCUGUCCGGCAAUCCUGUCCGGGAUCCUUCGUCGGAAAAAGCCACACCCGUCGAUAGAAUUUCCGAUCUCUUCCCGGAUUCUCCUCUACCUUUACCUCUUCCUUCCCGCCCCGUUUGGACCCCCUCCCCUCACAUCUACGCCGUGCCCUGCUACCACCUGGAGUCCCGCGCCGAUGUGGAGAAGGCAGCCCGGCUCGUUUCUUUCCCGGCCGUCAUGAAGCUGGAGUACGGGUCCGGGGCGGUGGGAGCGAAACGCGUCAACUCUGCGGAAGAAUGCCAAGCCCACUUUGAGAAGAUCUCCAGCGACCUCCGGGAAGAGACCGACUAUCCAGGCAUCGGGCUAGGCUGGGGCAACGCCAUGACCCUGAUGGAGUACCUCUCGGGCACGGAGCAUGACGUUGACCUGGUCCUCUUCGACGGGCAGAAAGUGGCCGCCUUCAUCUCCGACAACGGCCCCACUAGGGUCCCUGGCUUCACCGAGACGGCCGCCGCCAUGCCCAGCUACCUCCGCCCGGACAAGCGGGCUCAGCUGGUCGAAGCUGCCCUCCGCUGCUGCCUGGGCUGCGGUCUGACAGACGGAGUCUUCAACGUGGAGAUGAAGAUGACCCCCACGGGACCCAGGCUCAUCGAGAUCAACGCCAGGAUGGGCGGCUUCUACCUCCGCGACUGGAUCCGGGCGGUCUACGGGGCCGACAUCCUCUUCGCUGCUUUCGCGGUGGCUUGCGGGCUCCGCCCCAGGAUCCCCGAAGCCUCCCCGCCGCUGUGCCACCUCAUCGGGGUCAUGUGUAUCGUCUCCCAGCAUCUCUGCGCCCUGAGGACCACCACCAGCUUGGAGAUGCUGCGUCUCCUGCACUCCCGAGGGGUGAUCCGUCUCAACCAUUUCAGCGACAGGUUGGUCUCGAGCGAGUACGAGAAUGUCUAUUGCAACGUGGCCUGUCAGAACCAGGACAGAGACGCCGCGAGGCUCCAGCUGCUCAGCAUCUGCCAGAUCCUGGAGAUCGAUUCUCCUGAAUAUCCCGUGUCUUAUUUCUUGUCUGAUUUUAAAUAGAAGCCGGGGAGAGGGUCUGGGGUUUUGUUUAUCAGGUAGCCACAGCUUGACAUAUUAAAUGCUGUUUUAAUGGUAGCAGAAAACGGGGUUGGAGCAUUUUAUGAAUUCAGGUUUAUCAUUGUGUAGUGUAUAUAUAUAAUUUGUUGACAAAUUUGGAACCAAUGUAUAUAUCUGAACCAAUCUAUAUUUACAAACCGAUCUUUCUCCCAUCUUCCCUGCUUUCUAUAGCUUUGUUAGUUCACCUGGAAAAGGAGUCUGAUUAAAAAGCCUUGACUUUAUACCUCCAUCUCCUCCAGGACUCAGGAAAACUCUGGAAGGAGGUCCGGUUGCUCUCUACACGAGUCGGAACCGCUGAACCUUUGAAUGGAGCCCCUUGUUCCCCCCCCCCCCCCAAUUAUAGGAGGCUGUGUGGUCCAGUGGUUAAAGAAACUGGCUUGUAACCAAGAGGUCCCCGGUUCAAAUCCCACCUCAGCCACUGACUCAUUGUGUGACCCUGAGCAAGUCACUUCACCUCCUUGUGCUCCGUCUCUCGGGUGAGACGUAGUUGUAAGUGACUCUGCAGCUGAUGCAUAGUUCCCACACCCUAGUCUCUGUAAGUCGCCUUGGAUAAAGACGUCUGCUAAAUAAACAAACACACACUCAGAGUUAUUUCUUGCGCUGAUCUGGAAAAAAAAAGGUUUGACAGCACAAGAAGCAGUUUUUGCCUUGUAUUGCCGUGCCGAGGCGCAUCCUUUUCAAUUGAGACUUUUUUUUUUUUUUUUUUUUU